CCCUAUCAUAAAAUUGUAGGUCCGCUAUGGCCGAAUGCCCCCACCGCCCGACGCCGCCGCCCUCCUGCUUCCCCAAUUCCCCUCGGCCCCGCCGCCUCCCAUCGCUUCGGUCCUCGGCUUGGUCAUGCCUGUAAAUAUAGAUAUUGCUCCUUUCAAGCUGGACAUCGAUGAGCUCAUAGCUGAUUAUGCCAAGGAGAACUAUAUGUCACUUGCUGAAUUUAAACGAGUGUGGAUGGCCAAGAAAUUUUCUUAUAUUUAUGAAGGCAGACCUAAGACAAACUCGGGUUUAUUCAUGCAGUCCCUCUUUCUGCAUUGUAUUGGUCAUUUGACUUCUCAAAGUUCACUACCCCAAAGAUUGGCUGGACUUUACUGCCUUUACUGUCUGUAUGAGUGCCAGCCAUACAAGCCACAGUUCAAGAUUUAUUUGUCUCUUGAGGAGUCUAGGCAACUGAAAGAUUUCGUUGUUAUGGCUAAGCAAAAUGGACUGCAGCUCGUGCCUGCACUUGUUAAAAGGAUGCUCGAUAAAGGCAUGUUUUUGCUUGGCUACAUGAAUUUGAUUGAUGACAAUGGGGGCAAGCAGGUUGAGGAGUUGACUGCAUUGCAGAACAAGCGAGUAAAAUUUGCCUGUGACAAGUUAUUUGCAAAUACCCAAGCAGAAAGUUAUAUGCACAUGGACUUGGGUGCUGAGUUUGAGCUUGAUAGCAUCAAGAAAUUGUCAAAGGAGUACGCAGAAGCAAAGGAAUUGGCCCUUGCAGAGGCAAGCCAGAUUGUGGAAGUUGAAGAUGCUAAGCACCUCCUUCAGAGUGACAAGCUGUUGGGUGACAAGAUAGACGAAGUCGUCAAAGAAUGGGAUGCCCAGAAGGAGGGGUUCUACGAGAGAACAGGAUUAACCCCUGGCAAUCGGCUCAUGGUGGUUGACAAUGAUGAAUCAGGAGUACAAGAUCACGAGGACGCAUCCCAUAGCAAUCAGAUCAUGGCGAUUGACAAUGAUGAAUCAGGAGUACAAAAUCAAGAGGACGACGACUUUUAUGACUUAGAUCAGCUGCUAGAGUGAAGAAAGUCCGUAAACUCUUACGGUCGUGUAACCCUGUCAUUCAGAAUACUGCGAGAUGAAAUCCUUGCUUGUCUUUACUAGCUUGUCAUUUUAAGUCGUUGACUUUCUGUUCUCCUACACUGACUGAAGCAAAAUCUUGUACAUGAUGGUUCCAAACUUCCAGUUUUGGUCGCGUUUCAGAUCUGGAGCGUUCGGUUUGUCGUAUGGUAAAUCGCCAGGUUGCAACAAUCGCUUGGUUUGAAGCAGAUUCUGUUUGUGGCAGUCAUUCUGUAGCUAUUCCUCUUGUUCUUGUGUUCCCCUACUUGUGGCGUUUCUUCCAAUGUCUCCGGCAGUACAAGGAUACAAAGGAGAAGACAUGUCUCUUGAAUGGCCUCUCUGGCUGAUCUCUAGUGUUAUUAAUUCACUGUAUUCCUUCUACUGGGAUAUAAAGCGAGAUUGGGAUCUGAGCAUCCUAACCAGGAUUUUCAUGUUCAAAAACCCAAGCAUAUGGACUAAUCUUCUUUAUGGGCAGAACUGGGUAUUCUACUGGGUGUUGGGCAGCAAUUUGGUUCUGCGAUGCACAUGGACAUACAAGCUCUCGGCGCAUCUUCGGCACAACUACCUGACAGUGUUCACCAUAGCAGCUCUGGAUAUACUGAGACGGUGGGCAGUGGGUGUUCUCCGAGUCGAGAAUGAGUGGAACAAGAUGACAGCCAAAAAAAACUUGGAGAUGUCAUCUGACAUGCCUUCGGAAGGAGACAGGCUACUGGAUUCUAGUAACCAUACAAUAUGAGCUGAACAGAACAGUAAUAUCAUAUUUUGCGAUACAGAUUCAUCACCAUUCUUUUAACGUGACCAUUAUAGCCAAUUUUACGUCGAUGGUUCAGAUUUUGUCUGUAGAGCUCAAAAGGUCAGGGAUACACGAUAGGUUUCUAUAUAAAAAAGUUGAAAUUUGUUGGCGACU